GGUCUGAAGAUGCGAGCUCUCUAGCUCGAAGUCUCAAGAUUUUCAAACAACAGAAAGCUGGCCGGUCUUCUGAACGACCAACUCAGGCAUUAGAGAGUCGCGACCCCAACGAAUCGUUCGACUAUGAUCUAAAUGAAGAUUUCAUACCACCCCAUAGGAUAUACCACCGAGGAUAAAUUAGUCGCAGUUCGUGACAUAGCACAAGAUGUAGCCGAAGCCUUGGACGACGAGUUAGUCGCUAGGCUUUGGCGUAACCGAAUACUUGAAGAACUGUGUUGGCGCAGACACCUUUUUAAAAACGAGACACUUCCCACGCGGCCCUUGAAAUGGAGGGCUCCCACUUGGAGCUGGGCCAGCACGAACGGCAAAGUCUGGGUUAGCAACACGAGCAAAUUUCAUGGGUGCUGCGAGCACAAGCAGAUCUGGGUGGAACUUGUUGAUCUCGACAUCAAGACCAAGCCCUCUGGUGAACUUGUGCACGGGCAUGCUUCCAUGCGGAUACGAUGCAAACUUAUUCCUGCUUCUAUCAAACAGAGCGACAUGAAGGGAAAUAUAUUGAGAAGAGAUCUGACCUUUGCAAACACCAAGCAGAACCUUUCAAUCGCUUUGGAGCGAGGGGGAGCUUAUACCACAAUUACAGUGGACGUUCCAGAUGACACAGAUGAGCAACCGCGUAAUGUUCAUUUGAUCAUCAUACAACGAUGUCCGCACGAAGGCCCCUAUAACGACGAUGAAGACGAUAAACACGAUUGUGCAGAGGGCCUGUUACUAGUACCGCAUCAUAAGAAUCGUAAUGUUUUCGAGAGGCUGGGAUAUUUCUAUGUUAGAGACGAUCAUGUGGAAAGUGUGGUUCAGCCGCAUGAAGCAGCCGAGAGUAGCAUCAUUACACUUGUCUAAAGCGCUUACCCGUUCCCACCACCUCCGGCCACCUUAAUGCUCUCCUGCCCUCAAGUUUCUGCGGUAUUUGACUCGGGAUCGAUCGAGCUACGCGCAUAAUGCAUUCGAACCCGCGGAGGCUACGACUAGGACACUACUUGCGACUUUAUUUCUUCUCCUUCAUCUCUUUUUAU